ACAAAAUCCAUGCUUAAGUAACCUGCCCCCAGAUGCCACAUCGGCCUUACAAUCUAGUUCUUCGAAAAGAAAGAAGAAGCAAGGCAAGGACAAAUCAAGCGUAGAAUGUCUCACCGGCACUCGUGUGACCGCUGUCGUCAGCAAAAGGUGCGAUGCGUUCGAGAUCAGUCUCAAGGAGCUUCCUCGGGCAUAACUUCCGUUGCUCGGUGCGAGCGGUGCACGAAAGCGGCCGUGGAUUGUGUUUACAGCUUGAGACAAAGCUACAAUCGUCCCUCUGCUCAGUCCUCGGUUCGAAGAGACACCAAUGGCGACCCUAAUAACCCGAGUAGCUCGUCGUGGUUCGCGCAAGGUCUGGGCGGCGUGUUCUGUCCGUUGGCCCAGGGCUCGGGACCCGACUUUACCGACAUGACGGGACCAUUUCCUGGCGUUGGUCAUGGCAGGGACGCAACCCUCCAGCUAGUUUCUCCAUCCUCGCAGUUGAACUUGUCGACAUCACCAUCGGCGGCAGACGCGGUCGGUGAGAACCGGGACGUCCGGGCCAUUUCCACCAGCCCAUCAACCAUCGACGCCCUUUCCUCGCAGCUGAUGGCCCUGAGCCAAAGGGCCAUGCAGGCUACGCGCCGUCUUGUCCAUCCAGGCGGCGUGGCCCCGACCGUGUCAUCGCCUGAGAUGAGCGAGAUGUUCGAGGACGCAAACGCCCUAAUACGCAUCAUGAACAAUAUCACCGUGGACUCUUCGGAUGACUACGGGCUGGUAUUCUUAGCCCUCGCUUCCCACCAACAUCUCCUGGCCCUGUUCAGAUCCAUCUGCGAGGUCAUACGCCAGUGUCUAGAAACCAUGGCCUCGGGCAACGAGUGCCAGGAACAGCAGCGGGGCCUACACCAUAGUGACGCAGGGCCAUCCUCAGUGGCCCAAUUCGUCAUGGUCCUCCAGCUGCUGCUGCAUCUGAUCGACCGCAUGGACCGGAGCCUCCAAGUCAAUAAACUAGUGGAUUGCGACUUAGAGUCAUCCGACAGUACUCAGGUCACCCCCAACGCGAGUCCUCCAUUGGUCGAGGGAGGAGUGAAGAAUAGAGCAAUAGGAAGCCCCCUACCACAUGGCAGCCUUCCCAUCGUUGCGCAGUCCAUCGUUAUGUCAAUACCAGACGCGCACGAGAACCUCAGGCAGGUCAUUCGGGAGCUACAGACAAAGAUAGAGCACUCGGAGUUUCAAUAGCGGAAUAGAGGAUGGGUGUCAGGACCACAUGGUGGAUGUCUUUAUGCUCUAUAUGUACAGACAGAGUAGCUUACACGUGGGUUCUCUCCUUAGGCGA